CAACUCGCUAAGUAACCGGAAGUGUGUUUUGUACCAGCGGCUUCUCCGUGCCGCGACACGCAGCUCCUUAAACAAUAAACAUUUGUUACUUUAACAAUAAGUUUAUUUUUUUAAGGAUUAUUUAGUGUCCAGAAGCUGUUCGGAUUCUCCGCAGGUUGUUUAUUGACUCUUGGGUAUCAUCUGAAAUCCACAAUGGUGCAGAUUAAUCAGCAGGAGGCUAACAAGAUCGAUGAGCAGAAGGAGGAAACUCCGGCCACUAAACCCAUCGUGGGGAUCAUUUACCCUCCUCCUGAAGUGCGCAACAUUGUGGACAAGACCGCCAGCUUUGUAGCCAGGAACGGGCCCGAGUUUGAAGCGAGGAUUCGUCAGAACGAGAUCAACAACCCCAAGUUUAAUUUCCUGAACCCCAGCGACCCGUACCAUGCCUACUAUCGCCACAAGGUCAACGAGUUCAAGGAGGGCAAAGGUCAGGAGCCGUCGGCCGCCGUGCCGAAGGUUAUGCAGCAGCAGUCCUUGCAGCAGGCGCAGCAGCAUCUGCCUCAGAAGGUCCAGGCGCAGGUCAUCCAUGAGACGGUGGUUCCCAAAGAGCCUCCGCCCGACUUUGAGUUCAUGGCCGACCCGCCCUCCAUUUCAGCCUUCGACCUGGACGUGGUGAAGCUGACGGCGCAGUUUGUGGCCCGUAACGGACGCCAGUUCCUGGCUCAGCUCAUGCAGAAGGAGCAGAGGAACUACCAGUUUGACUUCCUGCGUCCGCAGCACAGCCUCUUCAAUUACUUCACUAAACUGGUGGAACAGUACACCAAGAUUCUGAUCCCUCCAAAAGGACUCCUGCAGAAACUGAAGCGGGAGGCGGACAAUCAGAGGGAGGUCCUCGAUCAGGUGAAGUACCGAGUGGAGUGGGCCAAGUACCAAGAGCGAGAGAGGAAGAAAGAGGAGGAGGAGAGGGAGAAAGAGCGUGUCGCGUACGCACAGAUCGACUGGCAUGACUUUGUCGUCGUGGAGACAGUCGAUUUCCAGCCAAAUGAGCAAGGGAACUUCCCUCCUCCCACCACUCCGGAGGAACUGGGAGCCCGAAUCCUGAUCCAGGAGCGAUACGAGAAGUACGGAGAGAGCGAGGAGGUGGAGAUGGAGGUGGAGAGCGAGGACGAGGAAGACCAGCGAGAUGCCAGGGACAACGGACACACGGCUCAGCCAGACCAGGACACACAGCUACAGGAUAUGGACGAGGGUUCGGAUGAAGACGAGGACUCGAUGAAGGCUCCACUUCCUCCUGAGAACCCCAUGCCUCCUCCUCUGCCUCCUACUCCAGACCAGGUCAUCAUCCGCAAAGACUACGACCCCAAGGCCUCUAAGAUGCAGGCUGUAGUGCCACCAGGUGACGAGUUCCUCAUCUCUCCGAUCACCGGUGAGAGGAUCCCGGCCAGUAAGAUGCAGGAGCACAUGCGUAUCGGGCUGCUGGACCCGCGCUGGCUGGAGCAGCGAGACCGCAACCUCCGAGAACGACAGAUCGAAGAGGAGGUGUACGCUCCCGGCCUGGACAUCGAGAGCAGCCUGAAGCAGCUGGCCGAGAGAAGAACCGAUAUCUUCGGUGUGGAAGAAACCGCCAUUGGUAAGAAGAUCGGAGAGGAAGAGAUCCAGAAACCUGAGGAGAAGGUGACGUGGGACGGUCACUCAGGCAGCAUGGCGCGUACGCAGCAGGCCGCUCAGGCAAACAUCACACUGCAGGAGCAGAUCGAAGCGAUUCACAAGGCUAAAGGUCUGGUGCAGGAGGACGAGACCAAGGAGAAGAUCGGGCCGAGUAAACCUCAUGAGAACAUGCCGCUGACGCUGCCCACCAGUGUGCAGACCCUGCCCAAGCCCAGCCCACCCAUCAGCACCAUCCCCAGACCGCCCACUUCACUCCCUCCCCCGGUACGCACCACCCUGCUGUCUGCUGUGCCCGUCAUCCCGAGGCCCCCUGUGGUGCGCUUGGCCCCCAGUCAGGUCCUGGCCCCGAUGCCCCCCAUGGUCCACGCUCCUCGCAUCAACGUGGUCCCGAUGCCUCCGGCCGCACCCCACAUCAUGGCUCCUCGACCUCCUCCUAUGGUGGUUCCUGCAGCGUUCGUACCUGCUCCUCCGGUGCCCCAGCCACCCAGCUCUGCCCCUGCCCCCAUGCCCCCUGCCCACCCUCCUGCCCAUCACGAGGACGAACCGGUGAGCAAGAAGAUGAAGACGGAGGACAACCUGAUACCAGAGGACGAGUUCCUGCGCAGAAACAAGGGUCCUGUCGCAGUCAAGGUUCAGGUUCCCAACAUGCAGGACAAGACAGAAUGGAAGCUGAGUGGACAAGUGCUGAACUUCACACUGCCGCUUACAGACCAGGUGUCGGUCAUAAAGGUUAAGAUCCACGAGGCCACCGGGAUGCCGGCCGGCAAACAGAAGCUUCAGUUCGAGGGGAUUUUUAUCAAGGACUCGAACUCUCUGGCCUACUACAACAUGAACAACGGGUCACUUAUCCACCUGGCCCUGAAAGAGAGAGGAGGGAGGAAGAAGUAGAUCACACCCUGGCUCUCUGUCUAUCUCUCUCUCUCUCUCUCUCUCUCUCUCGCUCUUUCUGUCUCUCUGUGUGUGUCUCUCUCUCUCUCUCUCUCUCUCUAGCAGUCUUACACAUUAAUACUAAACACAUGCUAUAAUCUGAACCCUGUGUGUUUAAGUGUUGUAGCUGUCUUGAGCUCUGAAUAAAUCUGCAGCCUAGAUUUUUGUUUUGUUUUAAUUUCUUUCACAGCUGAAACUUAUAAAAGCUUUUGCAUAAUGUUUGAUGAAUACACACAAAAAAAUGAAAUAAAGUUGUGAAAAUUCA